AUGCAGUCCUCCAAGCCUCUUCGCUUCGUUUUCCUGGGUCCUCCCGGCAGCGGUAAGGGCACGCAGGCCGAUCUCCUGAAGAAGCAGCACACCGUGUGCCAUCUCUCCACUGGCGAUAUGCUCCGCGCUGCCGUGGCCGAGGGCAACGAAAUCGGCAGGCAGGCCAAGGAGGUCAUGGCUGCCGGCAAGCUCGUGUCGGACGAGAUCAUGGUCAAUCUGAUCAAGGAUAACCUCACCAAGCCUGAGUGCAAGGAUGGCUUCAUCCUCGAUGGCUUCCCUCGCACCGUCGUCCAGGCCGAGAAGCUGGAUGAGAUGCUGGAGAAGAGCAACUCCAAGCUCACUGCCGCUCUCGAGUUCGAGAUCGACGACGAGAUCGUGCUCGACCGUCUCGGUGGCCGGUACGUGCACCCCGCCUCCGGCCGAUCGUACCACGUCAAGUACGCGCCCCCCAAGGUCGCCGGCAAGGACGACAUCACUGGCGAGCCCUUGAUCCAGCGCAGCGACGACAACCCCGAGACGAUCAAGAGGCGUCUGGCCAGCUUCCACAAGGACACCGUGCCCGUGGCGGCCUACUACAAGAAGCAGGGUAUCCUCGAGAAGCUCGACGCCAAGAGGAAGCCCCAGGAGGUCCACGCCAGGGUGCAGAAGAUCAUCGAGACGCGUCUUUGA